AUGUCAAAGAAGAAAACACGAGGCCCUCGAGCCACAGCAGCACAACAUGCCGCACUUCUUUCUUUCCUGGAAAAUGAAAAAGGUUUGGCUGAAGGCAAAUUUGCUGCCUUGCAUGGUAAGGAAAUGGCAAGAAAGAAAUGGGAAGAUUUGGCCAAUGAAAUAAACAAAAUUCCAGGUGCAUUUAAAAGUGCUGACCAAUGGCAAAUUGUUUGGAGGGACAUGAAAUCAAAAGCUUCCUCAAAAUUUAAAAUUUUAAGAAGAGAGAGAGCAAAGACUGGAAAUAAACCCCUAUCAGAAGAUUUCCUUUCACCCUUGGAAGAGAGAAUAGUAGGGAUUGUCGGUUGGGAAUACAUGAUGGGGAAUGAAAGUGUUCCAGACAGUUUUGAUACCACUGUGAAUUUAGCAAAUGCGCAAAAAGAAACGGCAAAAGCUUUAAAUAAAAUAUCGGAUAGUUUCGUCGUUCUAAACGAGAUUUUGGCCUCUUAUAAGAGAAUGGAAAUUGUACUUUCAAAUAUAGAAGAAAGCGUCAAAUUAAAUAACUUUGUUUUUAAACCUUAA